AUGCCCACCACCCAUCACUGCCAGUGCUGCAACAAGAACGGCUUCUGCAAAGACCACCAAGUGCAGUGCGAUGUCCACCCCAAAGUCUACUACUACCGCAGCGAUAGCACUGGAUACCCUAAAAACCGGCAGGAGCCGAAGCCUCAGAGCCUCGACCUGGACUCGACCGAGGCUGCUAUAUUUCAGUCGGUUACGCUGCUGGCUAAAGGGGGAUACAACACCAUCUGGCUUGUGAAGCUGCAUGGUUAUUUUGAGGUUGACCUGUCUGAGUCAGUCGGCCAAGGCGGCUCCCAAGUUGUUACACGCUCUUUUAACGAAUAUGCCCUGCGUCUUCUUUGCGAAGACGCCCUUCUCCCUUACCAGAUCACGAAUGAAGUCGCCUUCAAGAGGCUCAUUAGCACAAAGUUUCCCCAUAUUCCAGUUCCACUCGUUUUUUUCUAUCAGGCUACAGAUGAGCAGGAUACGUCGUUCAUAGCGGAGGAAUACAUUGAUGCCACGCCGCUCAGCUCCAACUGGAUGAGUCUGACACCCGAGCAGAAAGAGUCGAUGGCCAAACAACUAGCGAAAAUUACUGUCGACUUUGCGGACACUCAUUUUCCCAUGAUUGGGGGGUUGAAUCCUGACAACUUUCAGCUUGCUCCGACUGUUGAAGGUGCCAAGAUCUUCAAAGGGCGACACAAGUUCCACAGCAAACAAUACUAUCCGAUUGGGCCCUAUAGGACCACCAAGGAGUAUAUUCUUGCCUGCUAUGAACGAGAGAUUUCCUAUUACUCGCAUGCGGAUGAGAAAGAUGUUGAACAAAAUCUGUUUGGGCCGGCUUCAGUCUCCAACUUUAUCAAGCAGCUGCAGCAAAAGCGAGAUGCUCUUGCAGCAAUCGACAUGGAGGAUGAGCCGUUUACACUUGUCCAUGGAGAUUUUCAUGGGCGCAACAUCUUGACAAAGGGGGAUGAGAUCCUGGGCAUUCUCGACUGGGAGUUUGCGGGCUCAUACCCUGUAAGUGAGACGCUGUCGGGAGGAGGUAUUGACGUUGUGGAGGCCGAGAGCGAGGAGCUGGACGACGAAAACACGCUGUGGGAUCGAAAGAUUCGCGACUUGAUUCGCGAGGAGACGGUCGCAAGGCGCUGGGAGGGCAAUAAAAUUGACUUGCUGCUGGGGAAUGGAAAUCUGGAGCUGGCGAGGGCGAGGGUUGAAAUGUCUCCUUGA